AUGGAGAGCUUAUAUGCAAUGGAUAGCGCUUAUGCAGCGACCUCGUCGCCCUCGCCUUAUGCGUACACGUCUUCCUCACUCUAUGCUCCCUCACUGAACCCUUCUCCGGUCUCCAGCCCGAGCGAGGACGCGUCGUCGUCGGUUCUAAGCGACGACCAAAUGGCUGACCUCCCACCUGCGAGUUUGGACCAGGAUUGGGACAGUCUGAGCGAAAUCCUCAUCAACGACGCACUAUGUUCCUUGCCGCCAUCUUCGGUGAUCGAUCUGGGCCACGAGGUAGAGUUUAUGACUCAGGAUACGAUAAAUGACCCUCCAUUUCCUCAAAGCGAGGCCACGCCUUCGUCUCCGUUCUUGGGAGCCCUUCCCAUUGAUUCCAACUGCUCGAAGAGUUCGUUUGUUGGAGUCGAAGACGAACCUGUUCGAGUCGAUGUCGUCCCCCCAACACUUGCUGUACAGUCACCGGCGGUGAAGAAAGGAGGUAGAGGACGAGGUAGAGGCAAGAAAGCAGUGCCAACAACAACAACAACCCCCCAAAAGUCUGCAGGGAGUCCUGAAGAGCAGAAGAAGGAGCGACGACGGUCGCAAAUUGCAACGGGUGUGCAGCGCCAUCGGGAGAAGAAGAAGUGGCUCGUGUCGUCCUUGCAGACCGAGAUGACUCAACUUACGACGAAACUGGCUACCCUUCGAGCUGCGAGACGAGCUCAAUUGGCCAACAGUGAUGAGCUCGUGGCGUACGAGGAGGAAGCGAUGACGCAGCGGCGUAAACGGAAGCAGGCUGAGCAGCACAAUCAAAUGCUCAAGCACGCCCUGUUCCAGCAGACGAUGUUUCUUAGAGGGAUGAAGGCCAUGAUGGGAGGCAGCAAUCUCCUGCUUUCCAAGACGCUCGAGUUCCAUGACUGGGUGCACUCGUACACGGCCUUGUCCGCAUCGGAUCCCCUCGCGCGCAGGAAGGAGUACGUGGCUCACUUUCCACGGAGCAAGAUGGAGCUGGCGAAAAACAUUGUGCUCCGCAACACGGAGGACAAGGCGCAGCGGUUGCUAGCGACACGUCAGAUGUUUUCCGGGAGUGUCCGGAUCUUGCAUGACGGCACGCGUCAAGCCCACGAAAUCGAAGAUGAUUACGCAGACGCGAUGAUGCGGGAGCUGUUCGGACGACCGAACGGCAGCAGCACCGCAUCUUCGAGUUCGAACGUGGAUGAUGCAGGUGACGGGCGCGUGAUUAAGGAGUUUUCGUCCGUGUGCUACUUUCCCGAGACUGCCAAGUGUAACUUGUACACGCUCAUGGACAUCGUCUCCAAUAGUAUGAAGUCCAUUGGCGUGUACUACUCUGGCGUGUGUUACGAAGCGCAGGCAGCUGAUGAAGUGCACCUUGUUGAAGACGAUGGCCUGACCACCUCGAGCGUAUACUACUCGAAUCUCGCUGCUUCGAUGGAGCCCGUGGUUGAGGUCAUUGAUGAAGCCGACUGUGCUGAAAACAUUGUCGUGGAAGCUCGUGCGCUCACUCGAGUACAGUGUGGCCAAGACGAAGGGAUCUUCUUGUGGGACUACGCGGACGAGGACUCGCUGUAUCCGAUUCCAACCGAUUCUCCGGAUCGAAAAGCGAUCCGACGCGACGUCUGCGGAGCGAUCGUCGUCCGUCGAGAGAUUGGCACGGGGUUGCUGUCGAUUCGGCACAUCUCGGUCAAGGCCUACCGUCCGCUGGCUAAGCCCAAGAACUUGACGGAAGCUGUGGAAUCGUCCGAAGCGGAGGAAAUUCGACGGGCAGUUGCUCGACAAAUUGGAUUGCAAGCGACAGAAUUUGAACGCCUGCAGGAUCGGUGCAUGCGGUUUGUCUUUAACGACAUUACCAGUCGGCUGAAGGCGCUCUACUUGUAA